UCCAUCUGUAAGAGAAGCAACUCAAGCCAACAUUUUCUACUUAUAAAAUUCUGUAUUACAAAUCGAAUAUUUGGUGCACGUUCUAAAAUAAUUUACAAUACUUGUGUAAAAUUUAAAUAAAAGUUACCUUCAAAAAUAUGUCUUUCUUACAAGACUUUUUCAAACGUUACAUCCCAAUUGUAAAAGCAGACGAUGAAGAACUGAUUGAUCCUCAAAAAUUACUUCGUGAAAAAUGUUCAUUGAAACCUAAAUGUGCUGCUAUGCAAGAAAAACUUGAGACUUGUAACCAACGUGUUAAUUCAAGAUCUAAAACUGAUGAAACUUGUUUUGAGGAAUUAAUUGAUUAUGUGCAAUGUGUAGACCACUGUGUAGCAGAUACACUGUUCAGUAAGCUUAAAUAA